AUGGAGUUUCUUUCUAUGGUGAUCAAAUUGAAGUCACAGUUACGAAGAAUGCCACAGUUGUUAAUGAUUGGAUUAAUUGUCAUCGUUGUAAACUCCAUAAGCUCCUUGUUGGUCUCGAUAUCGAGUGGAUCCCUUAUUUUUAAUCCAGAGGAAAAUCACCCGGUUGCUCUUCUCCAGCUUUGCGUAGGCCGACGUUGCCUACUAUUCCAACUCCUCCACAAAGAUGCCAUUCCAAGAUUCCUUGUAGACUUUCUCAUGGACCCAAAUUUCAAAUUUGUUGGCGUGAGGGUUAAAAGAGAUGCGGAGAAGCUGCUCCGGGAUCACAAGAUGUUCGUGGCAAAUACUGUUGAUUUGAACCAACUGGCAUUGUCUAUUUACAGAGAGGAAGUUUACGGGAAGCUGGGAUUAAAGAGAAUGGCGAAAGAGGUGCUUGGGAAAGUAAUGGAGAAGCCAUUGAAUGUAACAUUGAGUAAGUGGGAUGCAGAGGAAUUGGCAUAUGAACAAGUUGAAUAUGCUGCUAUUGAUGCUUUUGUUUUGUUUGAGAUUAGAAAGAACUUGUUUAAUUCAAUGUGGGAGAGACAGAGAGAGAUAGGUAUUCGUCGUCGCGCUGUUGUUAAGAGGGAAUAUCUGAAUUGCCAUUAUCGACCCCAAUUGUUGUUGAUUCAAGAUACAUAG